CCCCGCCGCCUUUGAACACUGGAGGUGUGCGCGGCUGCGGCGGCGGCGGCGGCGGGAGCGGCGAGUCGGGCCGGCCGGGCUGCGCUUCGCCGGGGCAGCCGCGGCGGCGGCCGUGCGCGGGGAUCAGGAUGCGGCCGGGGGGCGCGCUGCUCGCCCUGCUCGCCGGCCUGCUGCUGUCGCUGCUGCUGCGCCUGCUCUGGUGCUCCACCGACGCGCCCGCCCGCUCCAGGCUCUCGGUGGAGGAGAGCAGGGACGCCACCCGCGGCACCCCCGCCGCGCUGAGGACGCUCCGGAGCCCGGCCACCCAGCUGCCGCGCCCCACGAACAGCACAUAUCUGAAUGAGAAGUCGCUCCGGCUGACGGAAACGUGCAAAAGUCUGCAACACGGCUUUGCGACUUUAUCUAGCAAAGUAAAAAGGUGUUUAGAGAGUGACUAUCUUCCGAUUAUCAGAAAUAUACAGAGCUGCCCGUGGAGACGACAAGAAGAAGAAUACGAGAAUUUUAGAGCAAAACUUGCCUCCUGUUGUGAUGCUGCCCAAAACUUCAUUGUUUCUCAGAAUAACACUCCAGCUGGGACCAACAUGAGUUACGAGGUGGAAAGCAAAAAUGAAAUCCUAAUUAGAGAGAACAUUUUUAACAUGUUUCCAGUGUCUCAGCCUUUUAUGGAGCACCCUUAUAAUCGGUGUGCCGUGGUUGGAAACGGGGGGAUUCUGAAUAAGUCUCUUUGUGGAGCCGAAAUAGACAAAUCCGACUUCGUUUUUAGGUGUAACCUCCCCCCAAUUACAGGAAAUGUUAGUAAAGACGUUGGCAGUAAAACCAAUGUUGUGACUGUAAAUCCCAGUAUCAUAAAACUAAAGUACGGGAACUUAAAGAAAAAGAAAGAAAUAUUUCUGGAGGAUAUUGCAACCUACGGAGACGCAUUCCUUCUUCUGCCAGCGUUUUCUUUCAGGGCCAACACCAUUGCCUCUUUUAAAGUGUAUAACACGCUCAAAGAGGCUAACGCAAGACAAAAGGUUCUCUUUUUCCAUCCCAAGUACCUGAGAAAUCUCGCCCUCUUCUGGAGAACUGAAGGUGUGACAGAGUUUCGCCUGUCCUCUGGCCUGAUGGUCACAAGUGUGGCCGUGGAGCUGUGUGAGCACGUGAAGCUGUAUGGCUUUUGGCCCUUCUCUAGAACGGUAAAAGACACACCCGUCAGCCAUCACUACUACGACAACAACCUCCCUAAACGCGGUUUCCAUGAGAUGCCCAAAGAAUAUAGACAAAUUCUCCAACUUCACUUGAAGGGAAUCCUCAAAUUGCAAUUUAGCAAAUGUGAAAUCGCCCAAGCAUAGUAUCUUAAGGUGGGGGUGGUUUUGAUACAACGCGGUGGGUGAGUGACAGUGUUUCCCCACAGGAAAAGCCGUGGUUGUAGGGAGAAGAGAAAGAGCCCUGAAACCUGGUUUGAUCAGAGCUCCCCGCUAAGCUUGCGUCCUCAGCAGCUCAUGAACUUGUUCGGAUUCGCAGUUUCCCUCCCUGUGAAAUGGGGACCGUGAUAAUCUAACUCGCUUCAGGCAAACGUGGUAAUCUGUGAAAACUCUUGGCAAAGGAUUUGGCCUGAUGAGGUAGGGACUCCCCGAAUUUUUCCUUGUUGGUAUCUAUCGUAGCCGUUUCCACUCUCACCAGACCGAUAAUAAAAGGCGGGCGGUCUUGAGGACCCUUCCUGGAGAGAACAGCUGUGAAAUGCCAGCGUUCGCUGGGGCUCUUUCCUCAGCACACCUCUCUAUUAUGGGUCAUAUCCUUCUCGUCCUUCUUCCUGUCUUCGAAGAGUGCAUAUAAGGACUUACAGCAAACCCUUGAUUCUUCAGGAAUCAAAUCCUUCCCUUUGGGUGAUAAUGUGCCUGCUUCUGAUUACCUUCACGAAUUGUGUCGUUAGCUGCAACGGUGUGUUGGUUGGACUUAGGCCAAUGUUUUUCCUCCUUUGUCUACAUUUCGAAGUCACUCUUUAUAAUUUAUAUUAAAUUAUGAUUUUACUCUUAAGCAUUUUCCUUUUCCACUGAGAACCUAUUUCAAGAGCAUGAGGAGUUACAGUACCCGGUUUUUCUUACCUGUGUUCUUAUCUGUGGGGUCACACAUUCAAUUUGGUUGUUGUUGUUGUUUUUUUUUUAAUUAUCAAACCGCUACUUCAUGCCAGACCCUGUAACAGGCUGUGUCUGUGAGAGGGACAUAAAGACCAAGCCCUUCAGGAAGAAAUGGACACGUGUAUGACCAACUUUAAUACGGUAUAAUAAAUGUUAUUACGACAGCUAUGAGUAAAGUACUGUGAGGAAACAGAGGUAGGAGUAAAUAAGUCUAUUUCAGUGGAAUCUGUUUCAGAGAAGAGGUCAUUUCUGAGUGAAGCCCAGAAAAUGAGUAAGGUGUUAACAAAUGAAGAAGAUUCCAGGUAGAGGGAAUGUGAUGGGGAAAAAAGCUGUCCCCUUGAUUCUGAUUCACGCAAAUGAGGAUAUUUGAAGGUAAAUCAUGGUCUUUGCCCCAAAAACUGUCACUUAAAGGGAGGUUAUAGUGCAUGGGAAUGAUGGCUUGGUCCCACCUCUGUGAAAUGGCAGUGAUAGUGACCUGAUUGAUUUCAUCGGCAAGCUGUAAGGAUUAAAAUACACGAAAACUUAAUUCUCACAAGGAAAGGUGUAUAUUCACAUGAGAAGUAAGACUAAUAAUUCAAACAUCAAAUAAAGCUUCAGUGAUAUCAAA